UUUCGUUUUCCUUUCCAGCACCACCUAGUACUCUUAGGUUUGUCAUCGUCUUUCGUUUGAGGUAGUCGUUAUCCCGCCAUGUCUGUAGAACUUGGGUUAGCGAUCGUCGCGACCGUGGAUUUGUGUCUAAAGUAUGGAAAGGAACUUGGGAAAAUAUGUUGCGCACUCAAAGGUGUGGACGCAGCAAUUGAAGAAAGAGUAUUAAGACUUGAAAAUGGCUGGCAUCGUUGUAAAACCCAAUUAAACUUCUUACAACAGAUUCAUCGUCUGAUGGAUGAUGAACAUCGAUUGCUCUACGAGCAGACGUUGCACAUGUUAAUUGGGAAGCUCAACGCUGCAACAUCUAUCAUGAAAGGCCUAGUCAAAAUACAGGCGGACGACAAUGACCCGGAUGAGACUAGACUUAUACCGAAACCUGUGAAGUAUGCUUUCAAGAAGGAGAAGCUUGAUGAGGCCAUCGAUACUCUUGAGACAUGGCAGAGGCUUUCCGAUCCGUCUUGGUUCUUAAUCCUAAAAAUGAACGACACAAGAGUAGACGAUGCGCUACAACAAAGUUCCAGAUUGAGGUCAAUGCCAUCUACCUCAGUUAUCCGUAUGAGUCUCCAAAGAACCACCUCGAAGACGAAGGAUGCUACGGGACUCGCUCUCCCACCCGCCAACUUACAUGAAAUGGACAUCGAGGAUAUCCCAUUCUCUAAUGCUAAAACCGCGCGAAGGAAAGAUUCCAGUUCUGUAUAUAUCAUAGAGAAGGUUAAUUCGGUCGAGAGUAAUCUAGCUGCAAUUACGAGGAAGAAUGUCCGUGAUCUGGCAAGUCGACUACAGCAUGAUGAACCUCAUACUUUCGGUUUGCUCAAUUGCAAAGGUUUCGUCGCAGAGAGGGGGGAUCAGUCAACUAGUAAACCACAAACCACGUUCACGAUGGUGUUCGGAACACCAACUGGGUUGACAGGACCUCGAAGCCUUAGGGAUUAUUUGGUCAACACGAGGGAACCUAGUUCACUAUCCCACCGGUUCUCAAUCGCUCAGCAGUUGGCGAAGUCAAUCUCUUACGUACAUAUCUUCGGGUUUGUCCACAAGAAUGUCCGUCCAGAGACUGUUAUUGCGUUCAAAGACCAGAGAAAGGAAGAUCCAGUGGUCUUCAUGGUUGGUUUUGAAGACUUUCGCAGAGAAGACGGCCGGACACGACGACGUGGCGAUGAUGCUGUAGAGAGAAACUUAUAUCGUCACCCAACGCGACAAGGGUUUAGCCCAGAGGAUGACUUUAUCAUGCAACAUGAUAUCUAUAGCCUAGGAGUUUGCCUUCUCGAAAUCGGCCUGUGGCAUAGCUUCGUCCAGCACGAUCCCCUUAAUGAAACGACGGUUCUGUCGGCAUUUCUUAAGACGAACCACAAUUCUUCGAAGGAAGACAUCGCCGAAUUCUUACUUACUUCGGCGAAAAAUCGCUUUGUUGAAUUAGCACGAUCUCAACUGCGCGAAUGUAUGGGGACUCGAUAUUCAGACAUCGUAGAAACAUGUUUGACAUGUCUAGAUCCAGACAACGGCGACUUCGGCGACCAGCGAGAAUUCGAGGACGAGGAUGGGAUACGAGUGGGCGUCAGAUACAUAGAAAAGGUUCUCGGACGCCUCAACACCCUAUGCGUAUAAUAUAGAUAACAGACAUCCCAGUAGGACUAAGAUGGAAUCAUUCAUCGAUGCCGUCGUGAGGUCAACAAGGAACCCGUUUUGGAGAUGUGUGCAAAAGUCCAUUCGUGACUCAGUCAACUAAAAAUAAGCGAGGAUAAAUCUCGAUCGAUUACUUAGUGGCUGAA